ACUAUCCGUUGUGUUCAUGGACCUAUAGACAAUCUAGAAUGCUGUAAGAAAAUUGCUUGAUAUUUGAAAAUGAAGAUGUCCGCGGCAGACAGUCAGGAGUCUGGCAGUCCUCCACCAAGCCCGACAGACUCCGCAGCAUCAGAAUCCGCUCCCACCUUAGUCCACAUCAAGCAAGAGGCGAUGGCACCUGGCACUGAUAUGAAAGAGUACUACAAUGCUUUGGACUUCGGCUUAAACGACACAUAUCUCUCGAGUUACGACUACACGCGCAGCUAUCUACCGAGGCCUCUGGAUUUACCUAAUCAAAGGUUCCUAGAAUCGAAAAGUCCAGAUAGAAACGAGGAGUUCAAUGAUGAAAAUGAGAAGUCUGAGUUGAGUUUGCCAAGCGAAUUAAUACUCAAGUCUGGCGGUGUGUUUUGUAGAGCCAACAUCUCUUGUGGAACUAAGUAUGGACCUUUUAAUGGUAAAUGGGUCGGGCAGCCUUACGACAGAAGAUAUGCAUGGGCGGUGGUCGGGAAGAACGGCGUUCGAGGCUGGUUGGACGGCAGAGCGGACAAGUCCAACUGGAUGAAGUUCGUCAACUCUACGAACUACCCUCACGAUGUCAACUUACAACACUUGCUCCACGCUGGCCAAGUUUACUAUAAAGUGACGAGAGACAUCCCACCUGGCCAGGAGUUGCUGCUCGGGCCACGAACACCGUUGCCUCUUCAAGAUGUCUUCACUCCACCUGGCCGUGAGGGUUCAAGCGUCCACUCUUCCAGCUCACAGCCGUUGACCGAAGACGAAGAGAGAGAGGAAACUGAACCACGUUGCUCCUUUUGUGACGCCCCAUAUCCUACUAUAGAUGCGCUAGAUCGUCAUUUGGUACAAGCGCACGCGCAACCAGCUUCGGCGUUUCACUGCGAGCUUUGCAACCGAGCGUAUAGUACACGCGCGCUUCUUCUACGACAUCGUGCACUUACCCACACUGAUAUCAGAAAAUACCCCUGCGAGAAUUGUCCGAAGGUAUUUACCGAUCCUUCCAACCUCCAGCGCCACAUCCGCGCGCAGCACGUCGGAGCUCGCAGCCACGCGUGCCCCGAGUGUGGCAAGACCUUCGCCACUUCCUCCGGCCUCAAGCAGCACACGCACAUCCACUCCAGCGUCAAGCCUUUCCAGUGCAAGGUUUGCUUUAAAGCAUACACUCAGUUUUCCAAUUUGUGCCGCCACAAACGAAUGCAUGUGGCAUGCAGAGCAUUGGUAGAGUGUGGAAAAUGUGGACAGUCCUUCACAUCUUAUGCGUCUCUCACUAAACAUAAGAGAUUUUGUGACACAGCAUCAGCAGCGAACGUUAAUCUACGAGGACAAUUACCGCAAGGCCUACAACAGAUACCAUCUUUAUCCAACGUCAUGAAUACACCAAAUAAUACAAACCCAUUCCCGAUGUACAGAGGACCAGCGUUGCCUUUACCGUAUAACACGUUUGCUCACUAUCCAGCAUUAUUUUCUGCUGCCGCGGCCGCUUGUCCCCCAGAAUUCUUAAGUCCACUCCUGUUUAAUGUUCAAGGAGCAAGACUAGCUAUGGAACGCGAUAUGGCUAUGAAUGCUAGUUUAGUCGCAAAACAACAGGAAGGGCGCAUGUCAGUUAAAAGUAUGGAUAGUACAACCUCGCUUGAGGACAUGAAGAAAAACAUGGACGUCGAUAUUGAAAUGAAGAAGAGGGAAACUGAUGUUGAGCGAGUGUCCACACCGCAAAAUAUAUACGUGAAACAAUCUCCUCCUUCCGCUGAAGAAGCUUCUUCAAAGCAACGACCUUCGCCUGUCAUGCCAAUGUCUACAUCAAUCGCCCCGUUCAGAUUUUCAAGGGAGGAAAUGAAACGGAACUCUCCAUUCAAUUUAUCAAUGAAGUUGUGCAGUGACGAAGCAGGAACAAAAUCUGUUUCACCGAGAUUGCCAAAAGAUUUGUCAAAGACUUUACGCGGAGAAAUUGACAACAAAUCUGUAUAUUCUGACGUCGAAGAAGAAUCAAGGAAAGAGCAAAGUGAUCAACCACUUGAUUUAUCAGUUACACGGAAGCAAAACGAUAAAGAAUCCGAUAUGGAGAACGAUGAACAUAACUCUGUUCGUAAUAUAUCAGUUAAAUCUUACUCUCCCCCUGAUAGUCCAGUAGAUAGGGAAAGUAAAACUCCUGAAAAUGACACAACUGAUGUCGAUGUGGAAGCAGUAGAACCAAAAAGGGAAGAUUCCCCUAUGGUAUCACCCGCCUUAGCAUUUCCGAUGCCAGUACAUCCCCAGCAUAACAACAGUCUCAUUGAAGCAAUGUACCGCCCACGUUUUCCGCAGUUUCACACGGCUUCUGAUUCUCUUUUGAGUUCUUCGCAUUCCCCGUACGUGCCGAGCCCGUUUAAUUUUUUAUCCCCACUUCUCGGUACUGACGGCCCGGACAGACAACCAAGCGCGUAUGCGAAAUUUCGCGAACUGAGCGCGGGUUCGGGAAAACUUCGAGAUCGGUACGCGUGCAAGUUCUGCGGAAAAGUAUUCCCGCGUAGUGCUAACUUAACUCGACAUCUCCGAACCCACACGGGAGAACAGCCUUACAAAUGCAAGUACUGUGAGCGUUCGUUCUCAAUAUCUUCGAACUUGCAGCGUCACGUGCGGAAUAUACAUAAUAAGGAGCGGCCGUUUCGGUGUCCCUUAUGUGAUAGAUGUUUCGGACAGCAGACGAAUCUUGACCGACAUUUGAAGAAACACGAGGCGGAAGGUGGCGACUCUCCGAGUUCCGCUGACACAGAACAGGAUGCGUGUUUCGAUGAUAUUCGAUCCUUUAUGGGUAAAGUUACUUGUUCUCCUGGAGCGGGUUCGCCGUCUGGAACCUCUCCGCAUACGCCUCACGCCCCACAUCGCCCUUCAGCUUUAGCAAUAUCCACAUAGCCCUCGCCCUUCCAGCUGCCGCCACCUCCACCUCUUUGGCCUCAGCCUUUCGAAUGAGCGAUAAAGAAAAUGGUUUAAUUUAAAGACUUUUAAGUACGUAACGGUGACAUUACCCAACUAGGGACGGAGAAACAUAGAAUUAAUCUUCUUUUAUUUCGUUGAAGUCCUAGAUAGAAUAUUACCCCCAGUGCAUAUUAAUUCUUUAGUUAUCAUGACAAUUGUAAAACUGCUAGUUCUGUAAACUAAAUAGGUUAGAGAUUUAAUGCGUUCCUAGAUAUAAUUAUUGUGAUAGUUAAAGAUUUCGCUGCUCGUGAAAUCCGACACGUAGGUAGGGAAUUGUAAAAAAAUAUAUAAAUAGUAUUAACAUUUUGGAUGAAUUGGUUCGUUUAGCUGCAUUUGUAAAAUAUUGUUACAACAUUAUAUUGGCGAAAAUUAGUUUAAGAGAUAACUUUUGUAAUGAUCUCUUGUUAGUCAAAAAACUACCAAAGCAAUUUUAAUAUAUUUGAGAGGUGGGUAAAAUUGGGUUAUAAAAAUUA